AUGAAAUUGUCAGUUUUUCUUUCCUCCUUGUCAUGAUGCGACACUCACGAUUUAUCGAACAUUUUGAUGACCACGACCAUUACUACUUCUUAACCGAUACAUAUUCCAAACAUGAGGGUUCGCUGUAUUCGCCGCUGUCAGUUUCUUCGGAACUGGGGAUCCCUGUGGCUCACGUCGCUAGGCCCGAGGGUCAGCGACCUCCCAGUUCAAUUCCAAGUACAGACGUAUUUAACUCGCCCGAUACCGAAUGCCACUCUUCGCCUGGCCGAUGCACACUGAAAAGACGAAGCCGAGUACGGACGAGAAAGCAUCGGUGUCCAGACUACCAUUCGCCGUCCCGAUUUCCAGACUAUCAUCACCCUGCGAACGUCAACUCCUACAGCGGCAAACAGAAGCAUGCCUCUCUUCCUUUCAUCGAUUGGUAUUCCAAGCAAAAACAGAAACCAUUUUGGAAAGAUGCCAAGCCGAUAGCUUCCUUGAAAAGUGCAUCGCUAUCUUUGCCCCGUCACUCCUAACCGUUCACCUGGUUUCCUUGUGUAGAUGAUAUCCUGUAAAAAACAUUGUAUUUCCUCUCCAAUUGUCGUUAUUGUUUCUGUAUAGCUUGUUGUCUCUGUAUAGUGUAAUUAUAUUCCGUGUAGUGUGUUUUUGAAGAAUCACUCGCCCCUUUUUAUUUGUGUACAAAAAUAUACUUUCGUUUCCUUUAUGUAAAUGACUCCCAGUUACUGGAACACUCUCUUAGC